UAUUCCGGCAAUGCUCAUUGUUGCUCCGCAAGGCUGGGACUUAUCAUACGCGGGCUAAGCCCCCUGAGAGCAACGUCAUUCCCCUUGGCAUAUUAACCACUGUCCGCUGUGUGCGCCCAACACACCGCGACAGAGGACGUCAGGAUCGCACCCAACCUCAACGCGAAAUGCUUUGCGAACUAAACCUAACUCAAGCAAUCCUCCCCGAUUCCGCGCGUUUCGGAGAGGAGCCAUUUAGAUGCUCAGUUAUACAAGCGGGAUAAAUAACUCUACGGUAAAGUAGAAAGGUAAUUUAAAGUGGAAAGAGUGUUUGCGUGUAGCGAAUUUGGUAAGAGAAACCCCACAAACAGCCAACCUUUGCAACUUGGGGAUUUACUGUGGAGGCGCUUUUUACUGAAGAUCGCGGGAUAUUCUUUGUCUAAAUAUGCCUAUAAGAAGAGGUCACGUUGCACCACAGAACACAUUCCUUGGAAUAAUAAUUCGGAAAUUCGAGGGACAGAACCGGAAAUUUGUGAUAGCUAACGCCAGGGUGGAGAACUGUGCAAUCAUCUACUGCAAUGAUGGCUUCUGUGAGAUGACAGGCUUCUCAAGACCAGACAUCAUGCAGAAGCCAUGCACGUGUGACUUCCUCCAUGGUGACCUCACUGACAAAGAGGCCAUCAACCAGGUGACACAGGCUGUGUUUGGGUCCGAGGAGCGCAAGGUGGAGAUCACCUACUACCGCAAGGAUGGGUCUGACUUUCAGUGUAACACUCAUAUAAUCCCAGUGAAGAAUGAAGAGGGCGUGGUGAUGAUGUUUAUCUUAAAUUUUGAGUAUGUUGUGGAUGAGGGAAGUGACAACUCCACAGAGAAGAUAAGCCCCACAUCCCCUACAAAGUCUGAUCAAAGGAGGAGUAGAUUCUUCCGUUUCCGCCAGGCUGCUUUGAGCCUGAUGAAUACCAACAAGCAAUCUCUUCCGCAAGAGGACCCAGAUGCUGUGAUGGUGGACUUGCCCAAAGAGGAUGAGGACUCAGUGGCCCUGGAGAGUUUCCCAUCACCCACCAAGAGCAUUUGCAGUCCCAUUGAGGCCAAUGACACACAUGCCCUCAUAGGCUCAAGCCACCACUCCUCCCAGGCUAGCAUCGGUCCUGAACCACUUGACCAUUCAUCCCCUAAACUCCCCUGGGAGAAACUGUACCAUUCGGAGCCGCACCAGUCCUCUACCUCCCUGUCAAAUACCUUCCCCAGAGGCAGCAUCAGCAGCAUGAGAAGGGCCUCAUCCGUUCAUGAAAUUGAAGGCUAUAGUUCCAAUUCAAAAAACUUAUUCAGGGAUCGGCAUACAAAUGAAGGCCCUUUCAACCACGUGAAGUCCAGCCUUCUUGGCUCUACCUCUGAUUCAAACAUCAACAAAUAUAGCACUAUCAACAAGAUCCCCCUGAUUGCACUCAACUUCUCAGAUGGGACAGAGAAGAAGACCCAUUCUCCACCAGCAACUGAGAAACCCAUCAUAGCACCAAAGGUUAAAGAAAGAACUCACAAUGUAACAGAAAAGGUCACACAGGUCCUGUCCCUCGGAGCAGAUGUGCUGCCAGAGUACAAGCUCCAAACACCUCGCAUUGACAAAUUCACGAUCCUUCACUACAGCCCAUUUAAAGCCGUGUGGGACUGGCUGAUCCUGCUGCUGGUCAUCUACACGGCGAUCCUCACUCCGUACUCAGCCGCUUUUCUUCUCAACGACCAAGAGGAGCAGAAGAGACGAGAAUGCGGAUACUCCUGCAACCCUCUCAAUGUAGUGGAUUUAAUUGUGGACAUCAUGUUCAUCAUUGACAUCCUCAUAAACUUCAGGACAACUUAUGUAAACCAAAAUGAGGAAGUGGUCAGCCACCCAGCCAAGAUAGCAAUCCAUUACUUUAAAGGAUGGUUCCUUAUAGACAUGGUGGCAGCAAUUCCCUUUGAUCUUCUAAUAUUUGGCUCAGGAUCAGAUGAGACUACCACUCUCAUUGGCCUGCUGAAGACAGCAAGGCUUCUGCGAUUGGUGCGUGUAGCCAGGAAGCUGGAUCGCUACUCUGAAUACGGAGCUGCAGUCCUAAUGCUGCUCAUGUGCAUCUUUGCCCUUAUCGCCCACUGGUUAGCCUGUAUAUGGUAUGCCAUUGGCAAUGUGGAGAAGCCUUACUUGGAACACAGGAUUGGCUGGCUAGACAAUCUGGGCGUGUCAAUUGGGAAGCGAUACAACUACAGUGAUCCUAACUCUGGUCCCUCUAUCAAGGACAAGUAUGUCACAGCACUUUACUUCACAUUCAGCAGUCUGACCAGUGUGGGCUUUGGAAAUGUUUCCCCCAACACCAACUCAGAGAAGGUCUUUUCCAUAUGUGUCAUGCUGAUUGGCUCCCUGAUGUAUGCCAGUAUUUUUGGAAAUGUUUCUGCCAUCAUCCAGAGGCUCUACUCGGGUACGGCCCGCUAUCAUGCUCAAAUGUUACGGGUCAAGGAAUUCAUCCGUUUUCAUCAAAUUCCCAACCCUCUGAGGCAAAGGCUGGAAGAGUACUUCCAGCACUCAUGGACCUACACUAAUGGCAUUGAUAUGAAUACGGUGUUAAAAGGGUUUCCCGAGUGCCUACAGGCAGAUAUCUGCCUUCACCUCAACAAGAAUCUUCUGGACAACUGCAAAGCUUUUCAAGGAGCCACCAAAGGAUGCUUGAGGGCCUUGGCCAUGCGCUUCAAUUCCGCUCAUGUACCUCCCGGAGACACUCUGGUCCACGGCGGUGAUGUGCUCACUGCUCUCUAUUUUUUGUCGCGUGGUUCUAUUGAGAUCUUGAAAGAUGACAUUGUGGUAGCUAUCCUGGGUAAAAAUGACAUAUUUGGAGAAAUGAUCCAUCUCUAUGCCAAGCCUGGAAAGUCUAACGCUGAUGUGCGGGCUCUGAGUUACUGUGACCUGAGCACCAUUCAGCGAGAAGACCUGCUGGAGGUGCUAGACAUGUACCCGGAGUUUGCAGACCACUUCUUCAACAACCUGGAGCUUACUUUCAACCUGAGAGAUGACUCCACCAAGGCAGAUAAUCCCUGUAGUGUCAAAGAAAAUGAUUCAGAUGGUGAGGACAAUAAAAAUGUGAAAAGAAGAAUCUCUUUCACAGCAGAUCUAUCUAAAGGGGAAAGCAAAGAAAUGGUUAAAGAAGUUCAAAGGGAGAGAGAGUCUAACUCGUGCCUAAAGAGAUCUUCAGUAGUUCUGGGUCGCUCUUCACUCACAGUUCCAGGCCUAGACUCAGAUGUUAUUGUCAGAGACAGCUUGGACAGAAAACCACCUUUUGAAGAUCUGUGCUGUGAUAAAUGGGCCUGUAAGAAGCCUACAGACUACCUGGAUGAGUCAGCGCAGUUCCAGGACCUGAGAGAGGAUGAUAAUUCUGCCAGUGAAAUCACAUAUGGAGAGGUGGAACAACGCUUAGGUCAGCUUCAGGACCAUUUAAACAGGCUAGAAUCUCAGCUGUUAUCUGAUAUGCAGGCCAUCCUGCAGCUGCUGCAGAGGCAACCAACUCUGGGACCGCCUGCCUACAGCACUGUGACUGCUAGUCCAGACUAUCACAGAUCUGCAGUGAAGGUUCAGCCGGCUGCUCUGAAUGCAAGCCAUUUCUUUAGCUCUGCAGGAACUCAAGCCCCCAACCAAAAACUAGGGAGCACCAUUCAGGAAUCCAAAGACUCUGUGUUGAGCUUGGCCAGUGUGAAUGCACCCACUGAGGACAGCCUUAAAGAAUUUCUUGUGCAGAGACAUACAGAGCCACAACAGCAUCAACAACCAUCCACAGGGCAUCAACAGUCAGCACUGAUCCUUCUUCCACCCGAAAACUCUGCUUCCUCUUCUUCCAUGUCACCUUCAGACUCCAACCUCAGUACCACUGGACUCCAUAAACCUGCCUCAGACCACGAGUCUCCAAGGCCAUAAAUCUUUUCUGCAGCACGGUAUUCUAAUGUUGAGGUUUUAAUGCUGUAAUUACUAAGUAGCAGUUUCUUUUAUCAGCAUGCUGGCACAGUCAUCUGUGGCUUGGUAAUAGAAAUAAGAUGUUCUUACAUUGUGCAUGAAGACAAAACACUGUUUUACGUGGUUGACACGGAAUUAAGAAACGAUUCCUGCAGCUGCCAGUGUAAUAUGUAACAAUAGUUACAUAUUUUAACAGUAGUUCUGUCAAAACAGGAUUUAAUCCAUAAUCAUCAUCAUCCUCAUUCAUUUUUGCUCUUUAAACUUACAUGGUGAUGCCCACUUAAUCUUGAUGCACCUAUUUAACCCAUGAGGACAGCAUUUCAGCAUUUUUAAUUAAAUUCUUCUUAUUCUGCAAGAAUGCUGGUCUCCACUAGGUUGUGGUAGAAAUACAGAGCAACACACAACCAAUUUUCUGUUUUGCAAAUGCUUUUCUAGUUAACGGACUUUGUGUUUUUUGCAGACACACUAUUGCAGCAUUUUAUGUUCCCACACAGUUGGUCACACCAGCAUGCGCUACGUGGCUUGGGUAAAAUCGAAGGUGUGGAUAGUGACACUAGCUCCAAGUGUAAGCAAGAAGAGCCGACUGACCUACCUCACAGUAGACAGGUCCCAGUGACUAACGCUCCAGUCAUCAGACAAAUAGGGUUCUUCCUGGUGGUAGCUGCAAAACCAGGGAAAGACUGGCAUCUCAACCUUCCCACAGUGGAUACAAUAACUCACCAGGUUCUGCAGCAGAAUGGCCAAAAACACCAGGAGGUGCGGUGCGUAACAGCAGCCAGCUGUUCCUCAGUGAGGGGUCUGUGGAUGAUGAACAUUCAUGGAAGGUAC